CCACACGUGUCCGAGAGAUAUUUACAAAUAUCUUAGAGAUAUCUUACAGGUAACAUAAUAAAGAUAUUACUCAAAGAAGAACAAGGAAGGAGACCUUCUGAAACAUUGUGUGUAUCAUAAAGGGAAGAGAUAUAAGGUAAGAAGAAUAAAGGGUUUAAUAUGGCAGAAGAGUUGGAAGGAUGGGGGGCCACAGAUGCACCAGUGGAUGGCUAUGCAUCGGAGGGAGAACUGGAUACGAGGAAACUCAUGGCCAAGAGCAGGAAAAAGAAGUCUGGUGGUUUUCAGUCUAUGGGUCUAAGCGGCCCAGUGUUCAAAGGAAUUAUGAAGAAAGGAUAUAAGGUCCCUACCCCCAUCCAACGCAAGACUAUUCCCCUGAUUUUGGAGGGAAAGGAUGUAGUGGCUAUGGCAAGAACGGGAAGUGGAAAGACAGCUUGUUUCCUCAUUCCUUUGUUUGAAAAAUUAAAAACUCAUUCUGCUCAGACGGGGGCCCGUGGUCUCAUUCUCUCACCCACACGUGAGUUAGCUCUGCAGACGCUCAAGUUUACUAAAGAGCUUGGCUGUUAUACAGGACUGCGAGCAGCAGUAGUAUUGGGUGGAUAUAGCCUCGAAGGACAGUUUGCAGCAUUGCAUGAAAAUCCAGAUAUCAUUAUUGCAACUCCAGGGAGAUUAGUUCAUGUCUGUGUUGAGAUGAACUUGAAGCUACAAAGUAUUGAAUAUGUAGUUUUUGAUGAGGCCGACCGACUGUAUGAGAUGGGAUUCGCAGAGCAACUUACAGAAAUACUAAAGCGACUCCCUGAAGUUCGUCAGACGCUCUUGUUUUCAGCUACCCUGCCGAAGAUGCUCGUUGAAUUUGCUCGUGCAGGCUUAACAGAUCCUGUUCUUAUCCGAUUGGAUGUUGAGCAUGUUCUCUCUGAGAACUUGAAGAUGGCAUUCUUCAAAUGUAACCCAGAAGAUAAGUUGCCAUUGUUAUUUCAUCUUCUGCAGUAUAUCAUCAGUGGUUAUCAGCAAACUGUCAUAUUUGCUGCAACAAAGCAUCACGUUGAAUAUUUACACAUGGCAUUGACUAUGGCAAACAUCCAAAAUACGUAUUGCUACUCUGAUUUAGACUCAUCCGCCAGAAAAAUCAAUGUUGCUAAAUUCCAAACCAGAAAGGUUCGAUGUCUGAUUGUGACAGAUGUAGCAGCUCGAGGGAUUGAUAUUCCUUUGCUUGAUAAUGUCAUCAACUUUAACUUCCCUGCAAAACCAAAACUAUUUGUUCAUAGAGUUGGUAGAGUUGCUCGUGCUGGUAGGACAGGCGUUGCUUAUUCCUUCGUCGCAGCUGAUGAGGCACCAUACCUCUUGGAUUUGCACCUCUUUCUUUCUAAGGAACUCAGAAUUGCACCACACCCUCCUGAUAAGAGCAUGAUUGAUGACUGGAAUUAUAUGUAUGGCUCAGUUCCACAAACUCUUUUGGAUAAUGAAACUGAACAGAUCAAUUAUAUGAACAAAACUUCAACCGAAUUUGCAAGUAUGAAAAAGGUUAUUGGAAAUGCCUACAAGCAGUAUGUAAAGUCUCGUCCAGCCCCCAGCAGUGAGAGUAUUAAACGUAUGAAGGAGAAUCAUGUUGUCUGCACUGUUGGUUUGCACCCUCUUUUGAUUAAUGACAGUAAUGAUAUGGAGAAGCGUCGUCUGGAAAUGCUGCAUACCCUGAAAACCCUUCAACCAAAAGGAACUAUAUUUGAAAUAAUGAAAACAAAAAAAAGAAAGUGUCCAGGUGGUAAACACUAGAAGCAAAAGAGAGAAUAUGAUGGCAAGAGGAUUGAGAACUUCUACAAGAACUUGCAGUGCAGCAGGGCCGGGAAGAGAAAGAAGAAAUAACAAAACAGGCAAGUUACUGGGAAGCUGAAGAAGCUGGAGCAAAGUACUGAAGAGGAAGUACAAAAUACAUUUUCAUCUAUUGUGACUCGAGGGAAAAAGAAAAAAAACUUAGAUGCUCAAGAGCCCAAGAAGAGUUUGAAGAGAAAAGUGUCUGCUGAAAACAAUGAACAAAUACAAUCCAAACGGAAGAAGAAUAAAGAGAAUCAAGAGUUCCGGGACAAACAGUUUUAUUUACCAUAUUCACGAGAUGAUGACUUUGCUGAGCAAGGAUACUCUUUGGGAACAAGCUUUCAAAAGGAAGCCAAUGAAGCUGUUAUAGAACUAACUCAAGAUGAUGACACUGGGCGUAAACAGACUAAAAACUUGCAUAGAUGGGAUCGCAAUCAAAAAAAAUUUGUUGGCACGCAGGAUCAACGUAAAAGAAUCAAGACAGAGUCUGGUGUGUGGAUUUCAGCAUCAUACAAGACCAACAGGUAUGAGAAAUGGAUAGAAAAGGGCAAGAAAAAGGCAGAAGAGAACAGUGAUGAAGAGGAUGAUGUAGAAGAAAGGAACAGCAGAAAACGAAACCAGAAAUUACAAGCCUUCGGCAAAAGAUCGUAUGGAAAGGCCCAUCCACUGCUUCGAGACAAGCAAGGACCUAAGUGUAAGAAACCACCCAAGAGAGAGCUGAAGACAGAUGAUGAAAUUAUUAAAGAAACAAAUAGAAAAUGGCGUGAACAUAAAAAACAUGUGGAGGGCAGAAUGAGGCGGCUGUCCAAAAUGGCUGGAAAGAAAAAGAUGCAAGCCAAGUCCCAAAAGACAGAGCAAAAUGGCAAAAAAGUACAUUUUAACAAUAGAAAACAUGACAAAGGAAAAAAGAGGCACUAAUAAUUUAUAAAUACAAUAAUAUGUAUAACAUGUACUUCAUCAUAACGUCAGAGAUUUAAUACUGACACAAAUGCAGUGGAAUGAGAUCCUUUAUGGACAGUGUUUUGCCCACACAGUAGUUUUCCAAGUCUGAGAAACACAUAGGGAGCGUAAUGAGCUACAGAGUCAGGGAAGGUAUAUUAAAGCUUAAACCUUUGGUGCUUUUAAAAAUGGUUAAACUAAUGUAUGGGUAGGGUUAGAUUUGAGAAGGGCCUGUCGGCCUACUACAGUGCUACAUUCUGUUCAUAUGUGGAAAAUCGAUCUAAGGGCUCAACUAUGUUGUACAUUGUUCGAUAUACUGACGGAAUGAUUCCAGGAUAAAGCAUCAAUGAAGACACUCAAAUGCAGGAUCCAGGAAUUGUCAUCCAUCAGUACAUAUUAGUUUUAAUCAGAGCAAUGGCUUCUACAACAUCUGUACCUCUUGCAGAAAUCUUUUAGAUCAGUUUCCCACAUAGCAACAGAAAGCCCUGCAUGGUCAUACAAUUGUAACCAUUAUAUACAUAAAGUAGGAUCACCGUAUCCAUGGGUCUGGUUUCCGCGGUUUACCUUGGCCAGAAAAUUACCCUUAAUUUUGCUUAAUGUAAGAGUAAAAGUGCUGAUUCUUGACUUAUUUUUGCAUAAUUUAACAAAGUAUCAUAAAUAUGUAUGUAAACGAAAAAUUACUUAAAUAUCGGGUUCACUAUCUGUGGUAAAUCGUGCUGUAUAGUCCUUAUGGCUUAGCGCUUCUUUUUGAUUAUAAUAAUAAUGCGGUAAAUCGUGGAACGUAUCCCCUGCAAUGUAGGGUCCUGCUGUAUAGUGCUCAGCACCAAGGUAGGCCAGGUGGAGGUAACCAUACUUUAAUGUCUAAAUAAUACACAACCCUGUUUGCAACAAAUAUUAGGGUUCCCUAAGGCUAUCACCAGCUGUGUGCAGAGACUUCUGUAGUCUGCCAAGCUUCUUGGCUAUAGAUAAAAGAAUUGCACAGAUCAUUGUAUUACAUGAGGCAGGCCAUCAAACUAAGGAAACAGAAGCCAUCAGCAUGUGCAAGUGUUUGGUGAGGAGCUGGUUGUCAGUUGUGAUGAUAUGCCCACACCAAGAGCAUAUCCAUGAUGUAGGUAUGUCAUGAAACCAAGGCAACCAGUUCCUUACUGAACAGACACAGGUCACUGCCAUAUGUUAUUAAAUCCAAUGAUCUGUGAAAUUGUGUCAGUCUUGUUCUUACCCAUAAUUAGUCUGCAGCCAAAAAUGCCCAACAAGCUGUACUGAAGAUCACAGGGAGACCAGACAUGCAUCCACAAAUGCCAUGUCCAACACUGGUAUAUUUUAGUUCUUGCCCAUUAGGGGCUUCUAUAGCAGGCAAAAUGUUUAAUGGAUGGUGCACUGAUGUCCCACUAGGCUAUUAUUGGCCUAAAUACUGUCAUUAAGCACAACCCUUUAGGAUUGUAGUCAGGCCAGCAUUAAUUUUUGUUGCACCAAAAGAAAGUUAGGCAUUUCAACAUUGAAGUUUGCUGGGCAUACUUUAAUGAGCACAGCUCAUCCAGGUUCAAAAGUACCUUUAUUCACUGCAAGUUUCAUAUAAUUUUAUUCCAUAUUGAUAUAUGGAAGUUUUGCCAGGUGUGAAGAUUGUUGCAAGAUUCAAAAUAUCCUACAAUAAACUGAGCCAUUUC